AUGUAUGUACGUAUUGAGUAUGCACGUGGAUUCAGAGAUUUCAGCGUUGAAAUACGUAGACAAGAAGAAGAAAUGACAAGACAAGCCAGUGGUGAAAAAGCACCAUCUCACUGUAAAACAAAACGUCUGGAAGAUCUUUUUCGUCCACCUUAUGAUAUUUUAUUUUUGGGGACAUUCGUCGAAGCUCGAGAAUACGCCAAAUCAAAAAAUCGUUGGCUAUUAGUUAAUGUACAGAACCCACAGGAAUUUGCGUGCCAAAUGCUUAAUCGAGAUGUGUGGUCUGAUAAACAAAUAAAAGAAAUAAUCAAAGAUCAUUUUGUUUUGUGGCAGGUACUGUCAGAUACAGCUGACGGACGAAGAUACAUUGAUUUUUACAACGUACUCGAAUACCCUUAUCUGGCAGUGGUCGACCCAAGAACUGGAGAAUGUAUGCGUUCCUAUAGUACAAUAUCAAUGGAUCAUCUUCUAACUGGAUUGAACGAUGUUCUCAGCUCCCAGCCGUCACCUGACUGCAGCUCAGACUCUCCUGAUGUCGAGGCCUCACACUGCGAGCCGACUUCAUCGGCUAAACGGGGUGGUCACUUUAAUAUUUCUAAAGAUUCCGGUAGGAGAAUUAAAAAAUCACGUGUCUCUAAUGAUCCAACAUCUACAGUUGGUUUCAACACUCUUAAUGGAGAGCCAUCUGUCAGUACGAGCACUGGGAGUUCGGUGAUUCGUGGUAAAAGAAGUCGUAUGGAGAUUGAUAAUUGCGAUGAUCCUUCUGAUGAAGCUGCGAUACCUAGUAAAGAAGACUCAGUGGCUAAAACUUCUAAUAAUACACCGACUGUGUCAAACAAUGAUAGUAAACCGUCUACUUCAAGUUACAAUAGUAAUCUGUCAACUUCGAGUUUUAGUAAUAAAGCUUCUACUUCAACUAACGGAGAAUUAUCAUUACGAUUAUGUCUACGAUUACCUGACGGUGAACCAGAGACUAUUUCAAUGCGUGCUAAUGAUACUAUUGAGUGCUUCAUAAAACGCAUUGAGGAUAUGGGAUACUCAAGGACAGAUCAUACAUACUUGAUUCCAUUCCCAAAAACAAAUGUAGGUGCAUUGCCAACGGAAACACAGUUGCGUGAUACUAUUUUGUACCCAUCAAGCACGAUAUUUAUUACUAAAGUCUAA